AACACUUCAACACAGUCAACAUGCAUUUUGUCCAGCUCGCCAUGAUCUUUGGCUUCGCAACCUCCGCUUUGGCCUGGAAAUGCGACCUGCCAGGCGACGAUUGGCCAUACGGUCGGUGUUACGAUGAGACUGGACAGUACACUACUGCUUUCCAAUGCCUGAAGGAUUGUCCAUGUCCCACGACUGGCGACGGCUGCGUGCCGGAUCAGAUGACCACCUCAUACACCGCGUGGUGUACACCUCCUGAUUACUGCCAAAACCGGCCUCCAUUCCAGGCGCUUGGGGAAUAGGAUGGCAGGCAAAGCAAGUCGUGUGCACGAACGGCGUUCGAGCAGAUGGCAACGAUAUUCAUGACUGGAAGGGCUGCAAAGACGAUCGGUCACAAGAUAAGCGGUUGUGUUUUAGGCAGUCGGCUCUAUGCUGCGCUCGACACGGAAUGUUAUGAUGGCUGUGCAACGUACUGGGAGGGAGGGAGUUGGACAGCAGCCUGGGAAUCUAAUGUACCUUUCGAGCUCACGCAGAAGUAUCAAGCAGUUCCCAUCGGCCCA